AUGAGAGGUCUACCUACCAACGAGAAAGCGCUUCUCCCUUCCAGCACCCCUCGGACCGAGAAUGACAUAUUGAAGCCCAAACCUGGCUGGCUAUCUCGUAAUGGAAAGAGCUUAGGCCUUCUUUUCGGUCUUUUCUUGAUCCUUCAGCACAUAAUCACCACCCACGACGUUGCAGGAGAUUUAUUCGAUCGAUCUUCUGUCGCUCGUGGAGAAAGAAAGUCAAGCUGUCAACAAGCUGAUGCUAUCUACCCUAAAGCCUAUAAUGUAUCUUCCUUGGUCGUUGACCAAAAGGAUAGAGUGAUCAAUUGGCUCGCUGGUGCUGUCAGAGUACCAACGGAGACUUUCGAUGAUUUUGGGAAAGUCGGUGAAGAUGAUAGAUGGGAUAAAUUCUACAAAUUCCAUGAAUAUCUCCAAAAGUCUUUCCCAUUAGUUCAUAAACAUCUUAAGAGGACACCUGUCUAUACCCAUGCCGUCCUGUUCGAGUGGGAUGGUGCAGAUCCCUCUCUCAAGCCUUUGCUUCUAACUGGACAUUCCGAUACUGUCCCUGUCUUGCCGGCUACCAGAAAUCUGUGGAAGCAUGACCCGUUCUCUGGAUACUAUGAUGGCGAGCACAUAUGGGGUAGAGGUUCGAGUGAUGAUAAGUCUGGUCUUAUUGGAGCACUCGCUGCUGUCGAGCUCCUCUUGGAAUCAGGUAAAUUCAAUCCUACCAGAACUGUAUUGCUGGCUUUUGGCAAUGAUGAAGAGAUCGCUGGGAAUGGAGCUCUGGCACUCAGUCACCUCAUCGAAGAGAAAUAUGGCAAAGACUCCAUCGCAAUUCUAAUCGAUGAAGGCAAUGGGGUCGAUGAAGCGUGGGGCCAGCUCUUUGCUGCUCCUGCUGUCGGUGAGAAAGGCGCGACUAACUUUCAGAUUAAGGUCGAAACUCAGGGUGGUCACAGCUCCGUUCCUCCUAUUCACACCGGUAUCGGAUACAUUUCCCUAUUGAUUGCUGCCCUCGAAGCUCAUCCAUUCAAGCCGGAUCUACAGAUCGAUUCGCCCUUGGUGAACUAUAUCACCUGCGCGGCUGAUGCAGCGCCUGACAUUCCUAAAGAUCUCAAGAAGAAUGCCCUUAGGCUUGCCAAUUCGUUAAAUUCGAGCAAAGGCGAAUUUGAUCGUAAAGCCUUGAAAGCCAUCGAAGAUUGGUGGGUAACAGGAAGUUAUGAAGAUGGAACUUUACCACAAGGCAAAGGGAGAGCUUUGGUCAGUACCACGCAAGCGGUCGAUAUCAUCAAUGGAGGUUUGAAGGUGAAUGCACUUCCUGAAAGUGUCAGCGCUGUAGUGAAUCACCGUAUCAACAUUGCUUCGUCCAUUGCCGAGCUCAAGGAGCAUAUCGAAGCUGUUAUAUCUCCCGCUGCAACUAAGUUGAAUCUGUCAGUCGAAGCUUUCGGAAAAGAAAUUAAUCAUCUUGAAGGACCUAAAGCUGGGAGAGUCAUUGUGGACACGACCAUGUUUGGUAUUGAUCCUGCACCUCUGUCCCCUUUCACACUCGAUGAUCCAGCUUGGAGGGUUUUCACCGGUACUGCUAAAGGGGUCUAUGCUACGAGACCUGAAGCUUAUCUCAAUGAAGAGGAAGCAAAGAAGGAAAUCUUCACUGUUCCUGCUCUAUCAACUGGUAAUACCGAUACAAGACAGUACUGGAACUUGACUCGUAACAUCUACCGAUUCGCUUAUCAGAUUGGGAAAAAUCAACACCUUAACAACGCUCAUACAGUUAAUGAAGCUAUUUCGGCCAAUGUGUUUGUCGAACAAGUCAGGUGGUUCUUGAAUUUCAUCGUCAACGUUGACGAAGCUACCGAUCUUUAG